AUGAUUCUAGUGGAAAUGGCUGCAAAUGUCACUUCAUUUGUUGAAGCAUGGAAGAAUCUGCAGGGUCUUAUGAAUGUUCUAAACUAUGCAGCUUGUGAAUUGUUUCUGAAUUUUUUGCUGCUUAUUAAUGCUGUAUUCUCAUAUCUUCUGACGAAAUUUGCACAUCAUUGCAAGCUGCAAAUACCUUGCAUUUUGUGUUCCAGGCUUGAUCAUUUAUUGGGCAAUGAAAAGCCGGGAUUUUAUCGCAAUCUACUGUGCAGCAACCAUAGAUCAGAAGUAUCAUCCUUGUUUUCUUGUCACAUUCAUGGCAAGCUUGCAGAUGGCUGCGGUAUGUGCGAGGAAUGUCUGUUGUCAUUUACCAUGAAAAAUAAGUCAUACCCAGACAUGCAUAGGCUAUUGAUGGGUAAAUUUGGGUAUGAUCUUAAUGGUUAUCGUUGCCAAAGUUCAUUGCUGAACAGGGAAUUUGUUCCUGGUUCUGUGGGGGUGAUGUUGUGCGCAUGUUGCAAUAAGCCUUGGAGAUCAAGACCCAAUGCUGACAAAUUAUUUCUGCUAAAAUCAACAAGCGGGAUGACUAUGCCUAGUAUUUCUAGACCACGUCUUUUGACUCGCCAAGAGGGCUUAACGAAAAUGAGGAAGAGAUUUUAUCAGUCAGCAGCAUCCUGCCAUCCUAGAAAAACUGUUUUUGAUCCGUUGUCUCAUGCAGGAUACAUGGAACUAAAAUUUGCUUCUGCUUCUGAUUCAGAAUCCCAAUUUUCUGAUGAUGAUGAGGGUUGUAAUAUUUUUCCUGAAAUAAAGGAGCCUAGGGAAGAAUCUGAGAUUCAACAUGCUUCAUGUAUUGUACCUAACAUACUGACGAAUUGUAUGGCCCCAAAUGAGCUGACUUACAAUUCCUAUAAACCACAGAUGCAGCUUGAGGUCAGAGAGUUCCAGGAUGUGAAAUGUUUUCAAUAUGAUUCUAACAUAGGUCGUGGUCUUGGUGAUCUUAACUGUCAACAAGCUGAUCAGAAAACCUAUCCUUCUGUACCUGAGCUUAUUUCAUUGGAUGAUUUUCCUCCUUUGUCCAAUGGGAUGGAAGCCUCUGUUGCAGUAUUAAAAGAGAAGUGUGAGCUCAAAUUUCCUCCUCCAGAAAAUUCCGAUCCUUCCGCACUAUCUGAGCUCAUGUCUCUGGUUGAUGCUCCUUCAUCAUUCAAUGCUGUUGAAGGUACUUUUGAAGCAUCACAAUGGAAGUCAGUUGGCACAGGAACAGACAACAUUAGAAACAUUUCCUUCAACAAGCAUGGGGAACUUUUUAAGUCAGUAGCUGCAACAGUGGAAGGAAGUGCUAAAAAUGAUCAGGUUGCUAAUGAAGUGCCUAAUAUAAAUCCAACUUACAUGAAUCAGAGUGAUGUGUGGAAGUCUACAGUAAGUGAUAAGGAAAAUGAAUCAUCUGGUUUUGUGGCAGAGAAAUCCACUCUGAAAGAACCUGAAAGAGUCGAUGAAGACAUGAAGUUGUUGCCUAUAGAAAAUACAUCUGCUCAAGGGUUUGGUUUAUCUUCAGACAAGACAAUACCUGGCACUCAGGGUCACAAGGUUGAAUUGCAUAUAAAUGAUGCUUCCCGCUCUGAUGUAGUUUGGAUGCUUCAGGACAAGGUCCCAAUAGGGAGAACUGAAUCUUCUGGUCUUGAAUCUCUUGAUGGAAGCCUUGUCAGUGAGAUUGAAGGUGAAAAUAUUGUUGAUCGAUUAAACCGGCAAAUUGAGUAUGAUAGAAGAUGCAUAAAUGCUUUGUAUAAGGAAUUAGAUGAAGAAAGAAGUGCUGCUGCUAUUGCAGCAAAUCAGGCAAUGGCCAUGAUCACAAGGCUGCAGGAAGAGAAGGCAGCACUCCAUAUGGAGGCCUUGCAGUACCUAAGAAUGAUGGAAGAGCAAGCAGAGCAUGAUGUAGAGGCACUAGAAAAAGCUAAUGAUCUCUUGGCUGAAAAGGAGAAAGAUAUCCAAGACUUGGAAGCAGAUUUAGAGUUUUUCAGGUUAAAUUUCCCAGAUGAGCCAGUGGAGACCAUACCUGCAGAAAGUUAUGGUUUGAAGGCUAAAAAUCUAAUUCUAGAUGAUACUAGCAUAUGGCAUGCAACAGAUAUUGUCAAUGCUUCUCCGACCUCAAUAUUUAUGGAGGUCACAAACGACCAAGAAAAUUCUAUUGAUGUCAGGUCUUCAUGGUCAGAAUUCGAAGAAGAGAAGUUAUUCAUUUCACAAUGUCUAAAGGAUUUGGAGAGGAAAAUUUGCCAAUUUGCUCAGCAGGAGGCUUCGACGGACAUGUCUGACAGUCAUUUUAACAAAACAGUAGAUAGAGGAGUUAACAAGGGAGAGUCUCUUGAAAUGGAGGAGACUCAAAUAAAUGGUGAGAUGAUAGAAAAGAGUUUAUCAGUGCAUAAGGAUGUACCUGUGUCUAAUGGAAGCCUUCCUGCCUAUGAAAAGUCUAAUGCUUCGAUUGAUGAAGAUCAAAUUACUGAGAAUGAAAAGAAUCAUCUUCAGUUUUCCAAUGGACAAAAAUUCUCCGAGCAAUAUAAAGAAAUUGAUUUGUUCACUCUUGAAAAUGAAAUCUCAGACCUUAAUGAAAGGCUGGAAGCACUUGAGAGGGAUUGGAACUUCGUAGAGCAUACUUUUAAUUCUCUUCAAACUGGAAAAGAGGGGCUAAAGUAUGUCCAAGAAAUAGCUCAUCAGCUACAAGAAUUGCGAAAAACUGCUAGGAACAGACGCCAAUCUCUUCCUUGAGAUUACUUCCAUUUUUAUGAGGUUAGCAUAUUGACAGAGAAAAAUAGCUUUUCCUGACAUUUGUACUUUUAGAAAUCAAACAUCUCCAUAUGUGUAUUAUGCAAUUGCAAUGCCCUGUAAUUUCUACUUGAAAAUAAUUCCACAGAACAGGUCUCAAAGUGAAAGCAAUUUCAAUUUGUGUG